AUGCUUGUGAGGGACGGUGUGGUGGAGGAGGAAGCAGAGGAGGAGGGGCGGGAGGAGGACGGGCGGGAGGAGGAGGUCGAGGUGGAGGAGGAGGAGGGGCGGGAGCGGAGCGGGGAGGCUGAGUGGCGGGAGCGGAGAGGAGAGGCGGAGUGGCGGGAGCGGAGGGGGGAGGCGGAGUGGCGGGAGGGGACGGAGGACGCGUGGGGGCGUGUGAGGAGGGGAGAGGCGGAGGGCCUGUGGGGUGACGGGGAGGAUCCUGAGGAGGUGCGGGGUUGGAGGGAGGAGGCGGGGGUUGAAGCAGAAACGGAGUGGAAGGAGGAAGGGGAGGGGGACGGGGAGGGGGUUGUUGUGUCUGCGUGGCUGGUAAGGGAGAAGGAGAGGAGAGGCGAGGAGGCAGAGGCAGCUAUACAGCAGACUAAGGGAGGGGAGGCGGCACAGGGGGAGGAGGACGCGUCUAGAUCCGCGGCGGCAGAGGAGGAGGAGGUUAUGAGUGCACGCACAGCAGAGAGAGGAGGGUCAGAGAUGGUGGAAGGAAUGGGAACAGCAGCACUUGGUGUGGCUGCUGUUGCAGUGGCAGUGGCAGCACCAGUGUUGGCAGGGGUGACAGAGGAGGCAGGGAUAACGGGGGUGGCAGGGGUGGCAGGGCAAGGCAGGGAGGAGGCAGAGGAGGAGGCGGAGAGAGGCACAGGGCCAUGGAACGAGCUAUCUCUGCUCGAAGCCUCGCUCACGCACUUUGAGAACGAAGACACCGACAUGCUAUGA